UGGCCUGGGGCCACCCUUCAGUGUGCUGCGGGUGCACAGCAGCACCAAGGAGGACCAGACACCCCUGGGGAUGGGGAGAGAGACCAUGAGGCCUGAGACCUAUGUAGGACAAGGCAUGUCCGUGCCCCCCGAGACUUUGAGCUGCAAUUAAACACCUUGGUCUCCCCCAGUGUGGCCUCUUAUUCUUGGAGGAUUUUUCCCAGGGACAUGCUCCUUCUUCAGAUCUGCCUGCCCCUUGCUCCUGUGGCCUCUGCACCCCAAAACAGGAAAGUGAGAAGCCAGGUACCCCCCCAGAUGGUAUCAGCCCCCAAACUCCUACAGCUCCCAGGGGCAGAGCUGCAGCAUAGGCUGAGGGGGCAGCUGUGUGACCUGGUGUUUAUCUCACAUGCAGGCCGAGCCCUUUUAUAGUUUAAUUGCCCUGUUUGUGGCACAGGGAAGUUGGCCACUUGCCCAGCAGCCAAAGAUAAUAGGGGACUAAACCCCAUUACACAGAGCCCUCUGCCGUCCUGCCCCAGAGAUGCUGGCUUUUGAGUCUAGCUCUGGGGUACCUGUUGAUCGGGCUCUGCCCAUAGUAUAUGUGUCAUGCCUGAUAGGGUCGAUCAAUAGGCCCAGUUGUUAAUGACGCUUGUGAGGAUUUAUGCCCAAGGACACGGGAACCUGGCACGGCCUGGCACCACCGCUGACACCUUCAUAACACAUGCUGCACAGUACAGAGCUGGGGGCUCCACUGGGAGUCAGGACAUCUGGCUUCUCUCCCCAGCUCUGCCCCGCCAAGCCUGGCACCGCACAUGACCCUACAGUAGCAACCUCCACCUGAGGGACCCACUGCUAAGCCCCCCCAGCCGCAUUUGUUCCAGGUUCACACCAGGCACCUGGGAGCAAACUCCAGUGGGUGUGGUAGGGGUGGAGCUGCCCAGUGACCCCCGUAUAAGCAGCAGGCUGCGCCAGGUCCCACAGUAGACGUGAUGUGCACAGGGAAGUGCUCCCGAGUGGUGGGCGUGGGGCUCUGGCCCCUGGCACUGACCUGCAUUGUCUGCAAUCUGAUCCUCUGCUUCCCCGCCUGGGACCUGCAGUAUGUCCAGCAGCGGGACCAGCUCACCCCCGAAGUGCUGUACCUGGGGGGCCUCGUCGGGGGUGGCCUCUUGAUCCUGAUACCUGCGAUUCACAUCCAGGCGACUGGCCGGCAGGGCUGCUGUGGCAAUCGCUGUGGGAUGUUCCUGUCCAUUCUCUUUGCUCUGCUGGGGGUGGUUGGCUCAGUCUACGCCGUGAGUGUUGCCUCCUUGGGGCUGGUGAACGGGCCCCUGUGCCAGGUGCGGAAGUCGAAUGGGAGCCUGGGCGCCUGGGAACAGCCCUUCCGUAGCCUCGACCUCGAGCAGUUGAGGGAGCGGAGCUACUUGUUUAACACCUCGACGUGGGACACAUGCGUGAAGCCGCCUGGCGUGGUCCAGUUCAAUGUGAUUCUCUUCUCGCUGGGGCUGGGGGCGGCGCUGCUGGAGCUGCUGCUCUGCGCAGCCCAGGUGCUGAACGGCCUCUUCGGUUGCCUCUGUGGGACGUGCAACAGGAGGCAGGACCGGAGCGCCAAGGAAACCCGCUACUGAGUCACGCCAGGGGAGCAGAGACCCAGGAGUGUGGGAUCACCGCGACCUGCGAAACUGUGGGGAGGGGGAAAUGUAAAGGGCAGCCCUACCCCGACAGUCUGUGCCCUGGCUGCACCCAAUAAAGCCCAGGGCCCAGAAGCCGACGCCCCCGAUGGCGGGGCUGUGAAUUGCGGCCUCUGCUCUGCACAAACUUCACGUGUCUGAUUGUGUCAAUAGUGAGCCGUAGUGGGGGAGGAGGCUGGGGCCUCCUGAAAUGCAUGAGUCACAACUCCUGCUGUUGUGCCCAGCCGGUGCCCCUCACUCCCGUCCUGCAGCCCUUGCCUGCCCAGCCCUGGGCUCUCCAGAUCCAGCUCUGCCCUCACUCCUGAUCCGCAGGCCCUGCCAGCCCAGCCCUGGGCUUCUCCCACGCUGCUGGUGCCCCUCGCUCUUGACCUGCAAUCCCUGCACCCCCAGCUCCUUGCCAGCCUAGUCCUGGGCUCCUCCCAGCUCUGCCAGUACCUUUCACUCCUGCCCUGCAGCCCCUGCCAG